AUACACGUUCAUGGUAUUUUCCCUAAACUACCAGCAGUUCUAGAGAUCCAAAUACCUCCACUCUCUCUUUUCUUUUCUUCUUCUUUUGACCAAAAUGGGAAUUCUCUCCCAGAAGAAGGAAGUGCCCUUCAUCAUGAUGGCCACCACCAUCAUCAUCUACCUUUCUUUCAGCACUCCAUUAUUAUUACAAGUAGAAGCAUGCCAUCCAGUAGACCAAGAGGCCCUACUGGACUUGAAGAACAGCAUCACAGACGAUCCCCAAAAGAUUCUCCAGGGAUGGACUCCCUCCUCAAACUGCUGCCUCGAAUGGAUGGGCGUCCAAUGCGACCCCCAAACAGGCCGUGUCUCAGAACUUUACUUCGGAGGUGGGAGCGUGUCCAUGUCUGGGACCCUCCCACCUUCAAUUGGAAACCUGUCUUCCCUCAUAAGUCUCGACCUUGCCCGUCUCCAGAACAUGACGGGUCCCAUCCCGGAUUCCAUAGGGAGACUCAAGAAUCUCAGGGAUCUUGACUUGGGGAAGAACCAAUUCAGCGGAAGGAUUCCAAGCUCUAUAGGGAGUCUUACGAAUUUACUAGCUCUAGACCUGAGUAGUAACAGACUGAGUGGGCCCAUUCCUCCAUCAAUAUCAGGUUUGUCCUCACUGGAGUUGCUCGAUUUAUCCAACAAUGCGCUGACGGGGACAAUCCCGCCGACCAUUGGAGACCUUAAAAAGAUGACAUUUCUGUCCCUCGAAAAAAACCAUCUCUCAGGGAAUCUCCCGGAAUCGAUUGGCCACCUCGCCAGUCUCACUGAUCUACGCCUCUCGAAUAAUUGCUUUACCGGAAUCCCAGAGACUUUUGGCAAUCUUCACAACCUCACGAGUUUGGAACUGUCAAGAAACAACCUCACUGGCAAGUUCCCUCACACCAUGGUAAACCUGCAAUCACUAGCUACUUUGGAUCUCUCAUUCAAUCCAUCACUCAAUUUCCAGUCCAUUUCGGAGUGGGUUCCGUCACUGAAACUUACUGGCCUUAGCUUAGCCGGAACUGGGAUCAAAGGGGAGCUUCCCGAAUGGUUGGCUUCUUCAUCAAUUGUCAAUCUACAUUUAGCAAAAAAUGGACUCACCGGAAAAAUCCCUUCUUGGAUUGAUAAAAUGACAAAUUUAGAGUACCUGAAUCUAUCAUACAAUGGGUUUCACUCACAAAUUCCAGACCAAAUCAGGAAUCUUUCAGUGCUGUUAGACCUUGAUCUUCACUCAAACAACCUUUCUGGGGAUGUAAAUAUCCCAUUCAAGUACGCACAGGGAAGUUACCGUACCAUGGAUCUCUCAGAUAACCAAUUUUCUGGAGAACUAAAAGAGAUAUCAGGAUAUGGAGAUCUUUUAGGUUCGUUAGCGUCCCUGAAUCUAGCGAACAAUAAGUUAGAAGGGAGAAUUCCAAAAUCUCUUGGGAAUGCUACAUGGCUGGAGACGAUAGUGCUUUCAGGUAACAAGUUCAGCGGUACAAUACCAAAAGAGGUGUUGAAUCUUGAACAUCUAAAAGAGUUUGAUGUUUCUAGAAACAGAUUGAGUGGGGAAAUCCCUGCCCACAAAGCAAAUAUACCCAAGGAGGCAUUUUUGGGGAACCCUGGCUUGUGUGGAUCCCCACUUCCUCCUUGCAAACUCUAAUGCCCUGUUUUUUUAAAGUUUAGGGAUAGAAAUAAUGAGGAAAGAGUGAGAACAGAAGAGUGCGACAGAAUGAGAAAAAUAGUUGUGCGAGUAGUGGUAGUAAUAAAAUAUUAUGGCAGGACAAAUCUGGAUUUCCUGUAUUGUCUCAUU